AGCCAAAAUGGAGACGUUUUCUUCCCGUGACAGCCCGGUGCUUUGCAGGUGAUUAGCACAGGGAAGCUCCUCCUUAUCCUGCGACAGUAGAGACAAACCUGGGCACAACUUCAUAUCAGUUUAAGGACGUAAAUUAAAACUAUGGACACGUCAAAGCUUCCUAAGAUCCAGGAUGAGGAGAGAGAAAGCCAGUUUGGAUAUGUUCAUGGAGUUUCAGGACCAGUGGUGACGGCCACUGCCAUGGCUGGAGCUGCCAUGUAUGAGCUGGUUCGUGUCGGCCACAGCGAGCUGGUUGGAGAAAUCAUUCGUUUAGAGGGUGACAUGGCGACCAUCCAGGUGUAUGAAGAGACGUCUGGUGUGUCUGUCGGUGACCCAGUCCUCCGAACGGGGAAACCCCUUUCCGUAGAGCUGGGGCCGGGAAUUAUGGGCUCCAUCUUUGACGGUAUCCAACGUCCACUAAAAGACAUUAAUGACCUCACUCAAAGUAUCUACAUCCCACGAGGAGUAAAUAUCGGCGCUCUUAACAGAGACAUCAAAUGGGAGUUUUCUCCUGGCCAGAGCCUUCGGGUUGGCAGUCACAUCACAGGCGGAGAUAUUUACGGGACUGUGUUUGAAAACUCCUUAAUUAAGCACAAACUCCUGCUUCCACCUCGAAACAGAGGCACCGUCACCUACCUGGCUCCACCUGGGAACUACGACCUUUCUGAUGUUGUUUUGGAGCUUGAAUUUGAAGGAGUAAAGGAGAAGUUUACCAUGGUCCAGGUGUGGCCAGUACGACAAAUUCGGCCGGUAACAGAGAAAUUACCUGCCAAUCAUCCACUGCUGACUGGCCAGAGAGUUCUUGAUGCACUUUUCCCAUGUGUACAAGGUGGCACAACUGCUAUACCUGGAGCCUUCGGGUGCGGAAAGACCGUGAUCUCGCAGUCGCUGUCAAAGUACUCCAACAGUGACGUCAUCAUCUAUGUGGGCUGUGGAGAACGUGGCAAUGAAAUGUCUGAAGUGCUGCGGGAUUUCCCAGAGCUUACAAUGGAAGUUGAUGGCAAAGUUGAGAGCAUCAUGAAGAGAACAGCGCUGGUUGCAAACACGUCCAACAUGCCUGUGGCCGCUCGAGAGGCUUCCAUCUAUACAGGGAUCACGCUGUCUGAGUACUUCAGAGAUAUGGGCUACAAUGUGAGCAUGAUGGCCGACUCAACGUCCCGAUGGGCCGAGGCGCUGAGAGAAAUUUCUGGAAGACUGGCUGAAAUGCCUGCAGACAGUGGCUAUCCUGCCUAUCUGGGCGCCAGGCUGGCUUCCUUCUACGAGCGCGCUGGACGUGUGAAGUGCCUGGGAAAUCCAGAGAGAGAAGGCAGCGUCAGCAUCGUUGGAGCUGUCUCGCCCCCUGGUGGAGACUUCUCAGAUCCAGUCACUUCAGCCACAUUGGGAAUAGUUCAGGUCUUCUGGGGUUUGGACAAGAAGCUGGCUCAGAGAAAGCACUUUCCUUCAGUAAACUGGCUAAUCAGCUACAGCAAGUACACGCGAGCACUGGAUGAAUAUUAUGACAAACACUUUCCAGAGUUUGUCCCACUUCGUACAAAAGCGAAGGAGAUUCUGCAGGAGGAGGAGGACUUGGCUGAAAUCGUGCAGCUUGUAGGCAAGGCUUCUCUCGCUGAGACUGAUAAAAUCACUCUGGAAGUAGCUAAGCUCAUAAAGGAUGACUUCCUGCAGCAGAAUGGCUACACCCCCUAUGACAGGUUCUGCCCCUUUUACAAAACCGUUGGCAUCCUCUCAAACAUGAUUGCGUUCUACGACAUGGCCCGACACGCAGUGGAGUCCACGGCUCAGAGCGACAACCGGAUCACCUGGGCCAUGAUCCGAGAGCACAUGGGAGAGAUCCUAUACAGGGUCAGCUCCAUGAAGUUCAAGGACCCUGUUAAAGAUGGAGAAGCUAAGAUCAGGGCAGAAUAUGCCCAGCUACUGGAGGACAUGCAGAAUGCCUUCCGGACCCUCGAGGAAUGAGCCUCCAGUUUCUUGUCUCUACACCAAAGUAGCCGAAGCAUAUAGUCCAGAAUCGUUGGCCCGUGUUGUGUUUGUCCUCCUCAUUUGUGUGAACAUUCUCUCUGUGUUUACAUCACCUCAAACAUUCCAGGACUAUCAUACAUUUUCAUCUCAUUUUGGACUUUGGGAUUUUAUUUGAUUUAAAACCUGCUGCUGGAACAUUUGCUGUGUUGUGUGGAGACUUUCAAGCCUGCUUUUGGCCAAAGGUUAAAACCUGGGGGCUUUGAUCAGCAGUUGCACUUGUAUCAGAGUGAAAAUGAAGAUGUCUCUUUUUUUUCUUGAAAUGAUAAACGGUGCAGAUUUCUAAAACCUCAAUUUAAACCAUGCAGAUGAAUAAAGGGACAGAGUAUUCAGGGUGCAGUCAGUUGGGUUUAAUCUUUUUUGCCUCCUACCUCUUGAGGGUGAUUGUGAUGUUUACUCUACACUUGCUAUAAUAUGUAAAAAUGAAUAAUGAAAUAAUCUUUUAGUUUGUGUUUAAACAAAUGGUACUUUAAAAUAAAUACCAAAA